AAUCGCGAUAAAAUCGGAUAAAAAUAAGAAAGAAUAUGUAUAAGAGAAAGAAGCACAAAAGUAAUAACUCAGACGAUACCACCAGGCCGGCUGAAUCAAGGGUCCGACCACAUUCUUCGGCAGAUACAUAUUCUACAUCAGGAGAAGAACUGUACGUUGCAAUCCGUGAUUUUCCUGGCAAAACUGAUGAUGAUUUACCGUUUGCAGAGGGUGAAGUGUUUACAAUUAUUAACAAAAAUUGUCAACAUUGGUGGAAAGCUAAAUCUCUUAAAACUUCGAAAGUAGGAUACAUCCCAAACAACUUUAUCGAACCUGAAUCACCGGUGGAAAAGGAAGAAUGGUUUUUCGACAAAGUUAGUCGGGAUGAAGCAAUAGAACUUUUACUGAACGGAAGAGACAAUAUUACAGGAAGUUUUCUUGUGCGACAUGGCAAUUCUGGCCAAGCACUUUACUCUCUUUCCGUUCUGGAUCUACAUUCGACGGCGGAGAGUAACGUUAGGCAUUAUCGAAUUCACAAACGCGACAACGGAAAAGUAUGCAUAAGCAAGAGUUUGGAAUUUGAUACACUGAAGCAAUUAGUCCACUACUAUACAGAAAACAAAGGAGCGCUUUGCUGCAAACUCUCCCGCAUUUGCCAGCUAUCAUCCACCGAUACUUGGACUAUUAAACACAACGAAAUAAAGCGUAUUCGUAAGAUUGGAAAUGGAAGCUUUGGUGAAGUGUGGGAAAGCAACUUCCAAGGCAGUAUUGUCGCUGUGAAAAUGUUAAAAAAGGGAUCAAUGGAGCCUGAAAAGUUCAGACAAGAAGCCGAGGUUAUGAAGGAAUUACGACAUUGGAACCUACUCAAUUUAUACGCUGUGGUUUAUGAGGAACCCAUGUAUAUCGUAACAGAAUUUAUGUCAUUGGGGAGUCUUCUGGAUUGUUUGCGUGAAAGUAAAUUAGAUAUUCGCGACCUGAAAGAUUACAUCGACAUUGCAACACAAGUAUCGUGUGGCAUGGAAUUUAUAGAAUUCAAGAAGUAUGUUCACCGUGAUCUCAGAGCAGCAAAUGUUCUUGUUGAUAGCAAUUUAGUUUGUAAAAUCGGAGAUUUUGGACUGGCUCGUCUCAUUGAAGAUAAGGAAUACAAUGCAAGUCAAGGUUCUAAAUUUCCCUUCAAGUGGACCGCUCCGGAAGGCCUUACCCAUAGAAGGUUCACGAUUAAAUCUGACGUAUGGAGUUUUGGAAUACUUACUAUGGAAAUUAUAACCGACGGAGGAAUUCCUUAUCCCGGAAUGUCUAAUCAAAUUGUGUUUGAGCAAGUAUCGAGCAGUUACAGAAUGCCUCAACACAAAAAUUGUCCAGAUAAACUGUAUCAACUCAUGCUCAAAUGUUGGAAUGAAAAACCUGAUGAAAGGCCAACUUUUCAAUAUAUAAAGUUAUUUUUGGAAGACUUUUUCAUUGCAACGGAGCAUCACUAUGUCAACCAUAAUGUACGUCCUUGAGCUGAACAAAGCGUAUAUAAAACUGGAACGUCCUAACCGUGGAACUAAUGAAUUUUUGAUACUCCUGAAGUAUGCGCACCAAGAUGUCGCACAACCUGGACCCUAACCUGGUACACAACCUGAGUUCAGGUUGUGCGCCAUCUUGGUGCGCAUACUUCAGAAUGUCCGAUUUUUUUUUAUUUGAAAAUUAUUUGUAUAUUAACUACAGUGCAAUAUUGGAAGAACCAUCUACAGUGAUUUUAAAUGAUCCUUUCGCAACCGACUGAUGUGACAUUACAAAAAUUGAAACUUUACAAAACGAUCUACUAACAUAUAUUGCAUUCCAUUGUAUCGUAGUAGGCUCCUUGUUCUUGCGAUGCGCAAUGUAUGAGAGCAUAUUGCUCCAAUGAGACGAAGCUUUAUAUUGCUACCCCACUUUUUACUUAUUCGUGCAAUAUGUGACGACGUUUUUUCCUGGUCAACGUGAUAGCACCUCACAUGCAGGUAAUCCAAAUGUCAACUGGCAAUUUUUUGAGUGGGCGUGGAACUAAUUGAAAUAAAAUAAUUUGUUAGAUUUGAACCUGUCAGUCCUACUUUGGAUAUGUACAUAUCUUUAUUGUUUGAGAGAGCUGUUGUGCUUGUUGUUAUUUUUAUUAUCCGUUAUCGCUUUAUCAUCUGUUAUUUGUAGCUUAUUGUUAGCUAGUUAUUUUUGAGGUGGGGCGAGAGACUUGACAAAUUCUAAAAAGGGAGCGCGACUUGAAAAGUUUGAAAACAACUGAUUUGUAGCGUUGAAAAUGGCUAUCUUGACAUUUAUAUGGAUGCGAAAUUAAAUUUAUGUGUGGAAUACUUUGUGACUAGUAUGGGAAUAAGUUAUUUCCUGUGAUUUAU